GGUUGAGCAUACAGUAUCAUCCUGCAGAAAUCAAGAUGCACGUCUUGCUUGGACUGAUGCUGCUGACGACAUGUGUCGCGAGCACUCAAGAUAUGUCUGAUAAGAUGUUCACCUUCCCGCUGGAAACCAAGAGGGCUCAUGUGAGGUUAAACACAACAAAACAGGACUUUGGGGCUGUAACAGUCUGUCACAGAUCUUUUACAGACCUCAGAAGAGACCACAGCCUCUUCUCCUUAGCCACGCCCACCUCUGUCAAUGACCUUUUGAUUUUUUGGGACGCCACCAAUAAAGAGAUGGAGCCCCACAUCAGGAACAAAAAUGCAGAGUUCAGAGGGCAGGACUACAAGCUGAACACAUGGCACUCUAUCUGCACCACCUGGGACUCGGAGUCCGGACUGGUGCAGAUGUGGUUCGAUGGACAACCUUCUAUUAGGAAAUUUGUCGCCUCGGGAGCAAACAUCAGAGGUCCUGUUAUAAUUAUUUUAGGACAGGAGCAGGAUGCACACGGCGGUGGGUUUGACCAGAAACAGUCCUUUGUUGGCAUGAUGUCUGACGUCCACAUGUGGGACUACACCCUCUCUCGCUGUGAGAUCCAGAACUAUGUGGACCAGCGAAGCUUCACUCCAGGAAAUGUGUUGAACUGGCGCGCCCUGGAUUUUCAGAUUACAGACAAAGUGCUGAUAGAAAAUAAAGAAACUGUCUGUUACUAAACAUUUGAAACCACUGUUA